AUGAGGGAAGGGUUGGAACCUAUACCAGUCCCGAACAGUGAACAUCUUAUCAAUGCUGCUCGGUCUCCAAAAGUGCUUCUUGAUAGUCGACCAAUUAUGAUUAAAAUCCCAGGUAUCCUGAAUAAAGUCGCUGAAACGAACAGCUGUUUGAAGGCUUUCGUUGUCAAAUUACACGGCGAAGUGACUAGUCAUCCAGCUCCCACUUUGACACAACAGCGGGAGUUACUAAAUGCUCUGCUUCCCGCCAAUGAGGAGUUCAAGAGGAUCAUUGACUUCUUUAAUCCAAGGGUUAAAAAGGCGGAAGCUCCUUAUUCCAUGGCUGGCAGUUUGCUGGAAACAAUCGAAGGUACUAAUAAUGAUAAAGUUGGCAUAAAAGUUGCUGCGGAACAAGCUGCUGACUCGAUUGAAGAUAUGUUGAUAGUGAUUGGGAAAUAUCUGUUUGAGAGGGAAAGUUUUAUGGAAGAUUCGAGCUUCCAGGAUUUAAGUAGUGUGGCCAAAUUAGAUGCAGCUUUGUUGUACGAUCUGGAUGAAGACAAUUUGGAGAUUUGUGUUGCUAUCCAGAAAUACUUUCCAGAUGAUGGAGUUGGAAGCCGAAUCAUCGUUAGUAGUGUUUUAAACCCUGGAAGUUCAGAGAGAUCAUCACCAGAAAAUGAGGAUAUUGUGGUGAGUCUUGAGGAAGACAUAAGUAAAAUCAUCGAUGAACUCACUAGACCACCAACUCGAUUAUCAAUCGUGACAAUCACAGGGAUGGGCGGCAUUGCGAUUGAUCAAGUGUUGUCCCAUCUUUUGCAAAUCAUGUCUCAGUCCUGUGAUGGGAUUCAGGCUGAAAGCAUUGAGGACAAAGCUCAACUCUUGUACAGAAGUCUGAAGGGAAGAAAGUAUCUCAUUGUAGUAGAUGGUUUGUGGAAUUUUGAGCAUUGGGAUGCCGUCCUGAGGUAUCUUCGUGAUGACAAUUUAGGUAGUCGAAUCUUAAUAACCACUCGCGUCAUGGAGUUUCCCGCCAGUAUCAACAUUGCUAAGAAUCCUCCUCACUGUAUGGAGCCUCUAGAUAAACAUCAAAGUUGGGAACUCCUGGAAAAGUUGGUGUUUGGUCAGGAGGGCCGCCCUGAAGAACUAAAUGGUGUUGGAAAGGAGAUUGCUGAAAGAUGGGUAUCAGCUGAUGCAGACUACUUUCUAGACAUAGUCGUUUUGAGUUACAAUCACUUACCCUCGCACUUGAAAGCCUGCUUCAUCUAUAUGGGGGCUUUUCCUGCCAAUCGUCUGAUUGUGGUUGAAAAGUUACUCAACUUAUGGAUAGCCAAUGGUUUCUUGAACUCCAAUUCCUCAAAACCUGAGGCGGAGAAUUACUUGAAAGGUCUCAUUGACAGAAAUUUACUUAGGGCAGGGAAGAGAAGUUUAGAUGGAAAAGUGAAAACGUGCCUCAUUCAUGAUCCUUUGAGACAGGUAUGCCUGCGAGAAGCUCAGAAAGAAAACUUCAUGCAGGUUAUAGAAUCCAAUGCCAUUGCUAAUGGUUUAGAGAAACAACAGCAUCUCGUUUUCAAUUUGGAAGAUUUAGAUGAUUUCCAAUUGUUGCCUCCUCUUCCCAAUCUUCAUUCAUUCAGAUGGCCUAAUUUUGGUUCUGAUUUCAAUCUGGGUAUGAUCCUUCUCCAAUUACCAGAUUUUAAAAGAUUAGGAGUGCUGGAUAUGUAUUUUGUGCCUUUUGAUACUUUCCCAUCAGCAUUGCUGAACUUAGUCAAUUUAAGGGGUCUUGCUCUGAACGUAACUUAUGAGCUUGAUACAUCAAUAUGUCAGCUCUUAAAACUUCAGACAGUGCUCAUCUAUGGUCCUUGGGUCUCCGGAACACCACCAACUCUGUAUGUGGAGUUUUGGAAAAUGCCUUGGUUGAGGAAUGUGUAUGUUGAGGUUCCUAGUUGUCUAACAUAUCCUUACCCUCUUCAACCUAUAUUAGAUGGUGUUCUGGGACCAUGUAACCUCCAGAGCUUAUCCAAGAUAGCAUUUUCCAGCUGCACCAAGGAGGUUAUAUUGUUAAUGGUCAAUCUUAAGCAACUAGGUGUCUCUGAAACCGAAGAGGAUUUCAAGAAUGGCGAGCUAACAAAAUGCUUUCAUAAUCUAUCUCUCUUGACUGAACUUGAAACUUGA